AGGUUUUCUCAAACAUACAUGAAAGAAUCAAGGCAACACUCCAGGUAUGUUUUGAUGAGGGAAUAUCAUAACAUAAUGUGAAGCUUAAAAAAGUCAAUUUUGCAUCAUUUUAAUGCAAACAAUAAAUUUAUGUUUGAGGGGCCCCUAAACCAAGUUCUGCCCUGGGGCCGACAUUCUCCUAAUUCCGGCCCUGCAGAAGUGCUAACAUGAUCAAAUAGGAUAUUUAUUACUGUACCUAGAGGCUCCUUUUCAGUUUUAUAAAUCAUAGAAGGGCUGCAGGGAAAAAUCCAGAUGUGUUUAUCUACCCCAGAUGAUGAGGAAACCUCAGCAUAGUUUGGGGAAAUUUACAGAUAAUUUUCUUGCUGCAGAUCAGUUUAGAGUCUAUAUUUAACCUGCAGGAUAUAAAUCUGUUUAAUGUCCAUUCACAGCGGGCGUUGGAGCCUCGUCCAGCCGCCGCCCGGUGCUCUCCGACCGGACUCUGCAUCGGAUUCUCCCCGUUAACUUUAAUAUUCGCGCAGCUGCUUUCUUCCGCCUCUCCAUGUCAUUUCCUGUGAUAAAAAUGGUGGCCACAGCUAAAGAAGGCGACUGAGUCGGUGCAAACAAUUUAACGCAAACUUUGCCACCGCAGAGCCAGCGGCCGGAGGAGGAAGAGGAGCAGAGAGGAGCUUCAGCCCGGGGAGAGGCUCGGCGUCCCCGCAGCGUGUCUGGUCCAGAUUCAGGUUUCCUACCAGAAACCAGGAAGACGUUUCCUGUGAUGAAGAUGAAAAAUCAGUUUUCAGCAGCAGUAGCAGUCCUCAGAUGUCUAACACCUGAACCAUGAGCUGGAUUUCUACCAACAUGGUUCCAUCAUGAACGAACAGCCAUCGGACCUCUGGUUCUGUGAGGACUGUCAGAAGUAUUUCCAGGAGGAGUGUCCGUCCCAUGGGCCACCGCUCUUCGUCCCCGAUUCACCAGUGGCCCCUGGACUGGCCAACAGGGCGGCUCUCACGGUCCCAUCGGGCUUGGAAGUCGUCACUGAGGGAGGCCAGGUAGAUGUUCGCUGCGUGGAUGCAAACUUCCCAAAGGGGGCGCUGUUUGGUCCAUAUCAGGGUGAGCUGGUGUCCAAGGAGGAACCAGCCAGUUCCUUCUCCUGGAUUAUUGUUGGUUUGAACAAUUCGUCUCAGUCCAUCGAUGGCGGCGAUGAGACCAAAGCCAACUGGAUGAGGUUUGUUCGUACCUCAUCUGAGGACAGUGACAGGAACCUGACGGCCUUCCAGCACAACGGAAACAUCUACUUCAGAGUCUGCAGGAGGCUGGAGGCCGGAGAGAUACUCAGGGUUUGGUACAGCGACGACUACAUCCAGAAACUCCAGUGUGUCUCUCAAGACAGCAUCAAUCGCAACCUGGACACAGGUCCUGAGACGUCAACAGUCCCCCAAAGUUUUCAUAAGGAGCUUUCAGUUCCUAAACUGUGCACCGGCAAGCAGUCCUGUGAAGAACCAGACGGUCAGCCUCCUGCCAAGAAGAAGAAGAUUGACCUGAUUUUCAAAGACGUUCUAGAAGCUUCUCUGGAGGACUGCACUAAACCCCGGUCUGGAUCCAGUGUUCCCAACUUAAAGGUGGAGAAGGCUGAGGAUAACUUGACCAGCGGAGGACCGUCCACCUCCUUCUGCCCCAACUGCGUCAAACUGAAGAGGAGGAUUCUGGAGCUGGAGGAGGAGCUGUCUCAUCUCAGAAAACAGCAGGGGAACUCGGUUGGUCCAUCAAGUUCUGAACUCCAACCGGAUCUGCCUCAUCCCGAACAGGCUCCCAUUGAGGACUCUCAAGGGAUGGAACCCUUGACGCCCACCCAGAUUAUCCUGGAUGAAGAUGAGCAGGAAGUGGACUCGGCUGAUGAGUCGGUUUCAGCCGACCUUGUGAUUUCCCCAGAGGAUUCAUCAAAGCCUUACUCUGGAUCAAGCAGACGAAUUCGCCGCUUCAAGCAGGAAUGGCUGAAGAAAUUCUGGUUUCUUCGGUACUCAUCAACCCUUAAUGAAAUGUGGUGCCAUGUCUGCCGCCAGUACACCGUCCAGUCAUCUCGAACGUCAGCCUUCAUCAUCGGCUCCAAGCAGUUCAAGAUCCACACCAUCAAGCUCCACAGCCAGAGCAACCUCCACAAAAAGUGUCUGCAGCUCUACAAGCUGCGGAUGCAUCCUGAGAAGACGGAGGAGAUGUGCAAGAACAUGACGCUUCUGUUCAACGCGGCGUACCACCUCGCUCUCGAGGGACGGGCCUUUUCCGACCUACGUCCUCUGGCUGAACUACUGAAGAAGUGCGAACUCAAAAUUGUAGAUCAGUACAUGAAUGAGGGUGACUGUAAGAUUUUGGUCCACCACAUCGCUCGAGCUCUGAAGGAAGAAUUGGCUGAGAAAAUGCGUCUGUCUCCUUUUCUAAGCGUCAUUAUGGAUGCUCAAAAUGACGACCUUUUCUCAGAUUUGGUGGCAGUUUAUGUCCAGUUCACAACCAGUGACAGUUCCCCACAAAUGGAGUUCCUGUCCUUAGAGAGAGUGAGCAUGCCUAAUGUGGAUGGAUACCUCCAGCUUCUGGAUCGGGCCUUCAGCGUACUGGGACUCCGGUUUCAGGACUUGCUGGUUGUAGGUCUCGGAGUGGAUGGCACCAACAUCUCCUCAGGGAUUAGAGGAAGCCUGUACAUAUCUGUCCAAAAGACUUUUCCUUGGAUCCUCUGUCUUCCCAUAUUGAUCCACCGGCCUCAUCUGGAGGUACUGGACGCCAUCAGUGGGAAGGAGCUCUCCUGUCUUGAAGAUCUGGAAAACAACCUGAAGCAGCUCCUCAGUUUCUACCGCUACUCUCCACGCAUGAUGGCCGAGCUGCGAUCCAGCGCUCCGACUCUGUCCGAGGAGACGGAGUUCCUGGGUGACAUCAGAGCCGUACGAUGGAUCAUAGGAGAACCAAACGUUCUGAAUGCACUCAUCAAGGAUUACCUGGAGGUUUUGGCACACCUGAAGGAGAUCAGCAGCCAAACACAGAGGGCUGACGCUGCAGCCAUAGCCCUGACACUCCUCCAGUUCCUCAUGGACUAUCAGUCUGUGAAACUCAUCUACUUCUUGCUGGACAUCAUAGCUGUUCUCUCGCGACUGGCCCUCACCUUCCAGGGGGAGCACCUGCUGGUGUCGCAGGUGGAAGCCAGGCUAGAGGAGGCGAUUCAGGAAAUUGGCCAGUUGGUGGAUUGUCCUGGUGAAUAUCUCCAGGAGUUUGAGGAAAACUUCAGGGAAAGCUUCAAUGGUGUCGCUUUGAAGAACCUUCGUGUUGCAGAGUCCAAGUUUCAGUCCAUCCGGAAAAAGAUCUGCAGCAGAAGUCAGGGGAUCCUGUCACAAAGGCUGGACCUGCAGAGCCGCUCCUUCACCAAAGCCUGCCAGGUGUUGGACCUGGACAGCUGGCCCGGCAACCAUGAAGACCUGAAGACGUUCGGCGAGGAGGAAAUCCAGGUCAUAUUCAACCACCUGGACUCCAUUCCUUCUGCAGGUCAGGACGACCGGACGGAGACCAGGAGCAACCUCCUGGUGGAAUGGAAGGAGCUGAAGGUGGACUACUUCAGCAUGAACAGCUUCAAAGACAUUCUGAUUCACAUCUGCAGGUACAAGCAACGUUUCCCGCUGCUGAACCAGAUUUUGCAGGUCGUCAGGGUCCUGCCCAGCUCAACGGCCUGCUGCGAUAAAGGUAGAGGCGCUUUGCAGAGGAUUUGUAAGAACAACCGCUCCCGGUUGACCCUGGAGCAGAUGAACGACCUGCUCACCGUGGCCGUCAACGGACCGCCCGUCGCAAACUUUGACGCAAAGCGAGCGCUGGACAGCUGGUUUGAGGAGAAGUCUGGGAGCAGCUACUCUCUUUCUGCCGAGGUGUUGAACAGGAUGUCGGAUGCUGAUCCAAAGUCAGGCCUGCACAGCGGUGACAUCAACACAGAGUAUCUAUAGCAAACAGGAUAGCAAACCACAAAAAACUAGAAGAAAAGUUCAGGAAAACCUUUAUGCACUGGAAAGUGAUGAGAGGAAAAGAAUUUAUCUCAGAUCAGGAAACAGCUGUGAAAGCUGUUAAGGUUCUAAUUAUCGACUUAUGAGUUAGUAUGAAGUUGAUUGAUUUUAUCUAUCAAUUUAUCAUUAAUUUUGAAUUCAAAGUCCAAAUAAAUAGAAGCUGUAAAAAACAAACAAGAUGGCGGCUCUGGGGGUGAAGAGUGGUGAAAAAAACAUCCAGAUUUUCCAAAAAUUAAAUCUUCAAAAACCAAAAAUAAUUAAUACAAUCAAUUUAUCGACCAUCCCUGCCUGGAGGCAGCUGUAGAUUCUCCUCUUGCUCCUCUUCUAGAUUCUCCUGUGUCCUUUUCUGGAUCUUACUGGAUUUUUCUUGGGGGUUUUUCCCCACUGUUUCCUCCUGUUGGUUCUCCUUUGGAUUCUGCUCUGUUUUCUGGAUCCUCCUUUGGAUCGCUGAAGUUUUGCUCCGAGCGGCACGUGUUGGCAGAAUAACACGGUCACACAUGAGGAACAAUGAGUUGGUGUCAGAGUGAAUGUCUGCCUCUGUUUCGGCUGAUUUAACAGCAGGACGCUCAGUCUCAGUGACUGACAAUAACACAGUGUAUGGAUGUAUAAAGGCUUUAUAAUUCUGCAUAAAAACGGUGCAACUGCUGCCGUCUCUCGUUUUUAAAGAGAGUAUUUUUCUCUGCUUUGUAAAGACUGUCCAACUGAAUGAAUGCUAAAGCUGCACUGAGUGUCUUCUGCAUAUUUGUUUAAAUUUUCACAGCAGUGAAUGAUUUGAAUUAAAGCUUUUUCUUUCAGUGAUGCAAAGGCUUCCCAGCUGCAUGAUCAACAUGUUUAAUGCGUCAGUGAAUGUUGGAAUAAAGGGUUUAUUUUUCAUUAAAUAUCAGUGAUUUCUUUUGGUCAAAUAAAGGAAUAAUGUGACAUUUU